CAGCCCAAUUCUGGUAUUUGUUUCACUAAUAGGUAUUUUAACCAAUCAGAUCAGCUCUGAAAUAGAUCAGAUGUCAAAAGAUAUGAUGCGAUUGGUCAAAAGACCAAUUAGUGGAAAAAAAUAUCAGAAUUGGGCUGCCUGUGUAAAUGAGUCUAUGAUCUCAGUUGCUUCCUCACUUUCUGACUCAAAAAGACGCCCGCGCGCCUGCAUCUCCCCACUGCCCUGUCUUGUUCUAAGCUGCUAGAGAUGCGCAGGUCUUUGGAUCCCAACCUUCACAAGCCAACCGACAAUGAACUACUCAUCUAGGAUAACUCUGCGUUGGAAACCACACGAAGGAUGAUUGGAUAUAUGACUGUUCUUAACCGUGGACAGCUGCUGGUUUUAAUUCUGUAGCCCAUUGGAUUGCUGCCACCCGUGCGUUUAUGUGGUCCGUUUGGAGACGUUCCUUUGGGUUGUCUGUAUUCGGAUGUAAAUCGGAGGUUUUGUUCCCUGCGCACCUCUCAAAUGACUAAGCGUGGCGCGAAGAGGAGACUGCGUUCUCCAUCUCGCUUCUAUGUUAAAACCUUGGGCUAAAGUUUUCAUGGACGGUGCCCUGGAUUUUCCACUGCUAUCCCUCUGAACAGGGUCUUUGCUUUUCAAGCAGAGAACAAGUAUUUUACCACGCACACAAGAGGUGCCUUCUUUUGGAUUCUAUCUCCAUAAUGAAGUCCGUUUUUAUCCGAGUUGGCGAACUCUACUUUCUGGUCCUUUGGCUUCAGUCAGUGCCUCGGAUGGAAGGUUGGGUGGAGGGCUGCCCAGCGCCAUGCAUAUGCCACAGCGAGCCGCGGCCCACCUUGGCCUGCCAACAGCAGGGCCUCUACUCCAUUCCCACAGAGAUCCCCAUCCACAGCCAGCGCAUCUUCCUCCAGAACAACAAGCUUACCGUGGUCCGCUCCACCAGCUUCAGCCCCUGCAGAAACCUCACCGUACUCUGGCUCUACUCCAACAACAUCAGCCACAUUGAGGCUGGUGCCUUCUACGGCCUAGAGAGGCUGGAGGAGCUGGACAUAGGGGACAAUGACCUGAGGAUCAUCAGCCCCACGGCCUUCCGAGGCCUGUCUAGACUGCAUACCCUGCACCUGCACAGCUGUGGCUUGUCUGUGCUGCCUGUAGGCAUUUUCAGGGGACUAUUUUCCCUGCAGCACCUCUAUCUCCAGGACAACAGAUUACUGACUCUUCAUGACGAUACUUUUCUGGACCUGGCCAACCUGACCUACCUGUUCCUCCACAACAACAAGAUAAAGACUGUGACGGAUCACAUGCUGCGAGGCUUGGUGAGCUUGGACCGCUUGCUGCUGCAUCAGAAUCGAGUGACCUUCGUCCAGCGCAAUUCUUUUCAUGACCUGCGCAAGCUGACCACUUUGUUUCUGUUCUUCAAUAAUCUAACAGUGCUGACAGGGGAGACCAUGGACCCACUGGUGUCCCUCCAGUACCUGCGUCUGAAUGGGAACCAGUGGAUCUGUGACUGCCGGGCCAGGACCCUGUGGGACUGGUUUAAGGGAUUUAAAGGGUCUAGCUCAGAGCUUGAGUGCCAUGUUCCGGCCAGACUAUCCGGAAAAGACCUGAAACAGCUAAAGAUCCCUGACCUGGAAGGUUGCUACGACAGCUCUGACCAUACUUGGGUUAGCGUGUUCAGUUCCAAGACACGAUCUGGAAAACUCACCACGGAGAGUCCACUUAGGGCUGGUAUUCCCAGGUGCUGCCUCUCAGACAAAGACAAGUCGUCCAUCAUCUCCAGCAAGGGUCUCCCAGAUCCCUCCUCCUACAACAGCAGACAAAUCACCAACAAUCCUCUGAAGGAGAAAGAGAACAUCUCCAAAACUAAGCUGUUGGAAGCUGACCCCAACAAACCCCAGAACAAACAGAGUUUGAACGAUGGGCCAGUGGGAACAUUAUCUAACAACCUGGACCAGUCCUCAGAGGAUCUAAGCCCCUCCAAUGACCCUGAAAAGAAGAAAAGGUGUGCAAAGGAGAACAUGUCAGACCCUCUGUGUCUCAAGUCCCACGGAUCUACAAUUGGAGCAUGGAGGCUUGUCUUUCUGCCUGUGUUUUGGCUAUCCUUAGACUUCUGUUAGAAGUUACAAUAACAGAGGGAUAAUAUGGGCCAGUGUAAGGCCAGUGCAGAAGACCCUGCUAAGUGCCAAAGGUGGGAAAGGGGAACAGACCUUUCAUUCAAGUAACUGCCAAAAUAAUGGAAACACUUGACUAAAUGAGGGAUACAAAGUAUUCUGAAAGCAGGGGCUUCCACACAGGUGUGGUUCCUGAUUUAAUUAGGUAAUUAACAUCCCGUCAUGCUCAAAGGUUCUGCAUGAUCAAUCUGCCAUCUGCAGUGGCCGUACAGCAUUUACUGUGAUAUGGCCUCUCCAGAAGUCAGGGCAUUGAUACUUUUUGCACUUUGCGGUGCAGAGCAGAGCUGUUGUGAAGGAAAUUGUCAAGGAAGUAAAUUUGUGUUUAUAUAGGACCUCCCACCCCCACCUACUGUCAACCAAUCAUGUCAUUGCAGAGCUAUAUGGAGAAUUACGGAGCCUUCCGCAUUGUUACAAAAUUUGGGAGGAGCACAGCGAGGCUGUACAGAGCCCGAUUUUGCCUCUGCAAGCCUCCGCAAUUGUGUCACACCCUCCGUACGGAACCUCCGGAUCGCAUUUAUGGAGCAAGCAUAAAUUGGCUUUUAGGGUCAUCUAUAAAAAUGCUGGGCAGCCCAUUAUUUUGGCCAAUACCAUGGCUAUGCCCCCAUAAGAUGGCAAUGCCCCCAUCCAUAGGACAUGAGUGGUCGCUGAAUGGUUUGAUGAGCAUGAAAAUUAUGUAAACCAUAUGCCAUGGCAGUCUCAGUCACCAGAUCUCAACCCAGUUGAACACUUAUAGUAGAUUCAACAAAACACCAAAUAAUGGAAUUUCUCGUGGAAUGGUGUCGCAUCCCUCCAAUAGAGUUCCAGACACUAUAAUAUAUUCCAAGAUGCAAUGAAGCUGUUCUGGAUUGUGUUGCCCCAACACCCUAUUAAGACACUUUAUGUCGGUGUUUCCUUUAUUUUGUCAGUUACAUGUAGAUCUGAUGAUAUGAAUUUGAAAAGAGAAUUGGAAGAGCUAAAAAAAAGACAAAUCAACAAAUGGAUGCCUUUCUACAGUAUGUCCAUUCCAAAUGUAUAUAUGUAAUGGAUUUGUUCCCAGGUGAUACUGUAUGUUCUGCCCAGCUAUAAAGCACUUAUUCUGGGAGGCCCUAUCCUCUCUAGGUUUACUCUGCCAAUGGUGGUGAUUGGUUAUUACAAAGACAUUGAAACAGCACAAGCUGUUUAAAACUAAGAAUGUUUUGAGGUUUCCUUCAUGACAACCCCAAAGAUGUGAUAGAUCGUAUUCCUCCAUUUAUUUUUGUUAAUCUUUUUUUAGAGUGAAACAUUGAUUUAAAUGCUAUUUUUAUGUUUAUAAGUGUAAACGUAAGAUGAAUACUUAAUGUUUCUUGUCACGCUGUGGUUAUGGGUAGCAUUCUCAAAAGAGUACUGUCUAUUCAUUCACUGAAGUUGCUGUGUACUAUAGAUAUGCAUUUUAUUUUACUUGUGUAAAAGUAUAAAUAUAUUGCAAAUAAAGUAUUCUUUUUCUUACAUU